AUGAGCCAUGGAAACUGGCGAGCCGUUGAUCUGAGACAAUCAGUAGCAACACCACCACCAUCUCAGUCUGGUAAAGCACAUGUACGUUUGGCGCCCGGCAGCGAAGAGAAAAGCAGAGACGGUAAGACGGAGGGCGCUCUCGCCGCAGCCAAGCGUAUGCUAGUCGUCGGGCGAUGUUCUCGGGACCAGCUAGCCGGGCCGUUGCAUUUAGACGAGUCCUGGUGCAGAUGGCCAGACAAGUUGUUCGUCACCCCCUUCUCCACUGGACGGCGAUGGCCUUAUUCCAAUUAUCAAGUUGGAUGCUGGAUGCUGGAUGCCGGCAAGCUGUCGAGUUGGGGCGGCUUCUCAUCAGACAAAACACUGACAAAGAGGAUGGCGGAUAUCCGACGAAGGGGUAUGGAACUGGAUGCUGCUGCUGCUGCUGCUGCUAUUCUUGGCCUCAAGCGUCAAACGGGUAACCCUUCCACGCCCUCGAGAACGAACCGGCAUCAUCCCCUCUUGGUAAUUCAACAUCAGGGGGGGAGGGGUCUCUCUCGCAGGGGAGGGGGGAUCGAGCGCGGGAGAGCGGCGAAGGAUGGGCGAGCGAGCAUUCGACGGUGCAUUCGAAAGAGAAAGGAGGAGGACAGUAUCCCGGGUGAAUCUCGUCAUUGGACCCCUCUGCAAGACUUUUUGCCAAGGGCGAUCUGGUCCACGGCCUCCAUGGCCUCCAUUGCCAUUGCUGAAGCCAAAACUGUCAUUGUUUGCGGACCUCGGACACGCCCCGGGGAUAGGCAGGCACAGGCACAGGCACAGGCACAGUCGCUGUCAGACCGUCAGUUUCUUUCUGACCAUGGUCUCUGCGGAGAAACAACCCCUUGGCCUUGCGAUGACUUAGUUCAGGAGAAGGCGGUUUGGGGUUUGGGAUCUUUGAAAACGCCGGCGAAAAGACAGGGCAAUAUCGGCAAGGUCGCUGACUCCGGGUUGGAGUCAGCGAAGAGAGACAACGGAGACAACGAGGCCCAAUCGGUCGAUGGUGGCCAGAGUUGUCCAGGCCAGACCAAGUUUCUCUCGGCGGCUGUUGACGCUGGCUGGCAAGCUGUAGCCAUUGGACUCGGAGAAGCCCCAGUGCCCCCCAACCCCCUCCCCUCUCUCGAGUCUCAACUUCUCGUGAAGGCUCCCUCAUUCUCCUGGGGGUCCUCGUGGAUGGACGUUGAGUCCAGUCUUUCUGUCGAUGUUGUGCGGCGGGAUCCCAGUAGUAAAACUCCGAGCGGCCAAAUGUUCCGAGCGGCCCAUCGUAUCAUUUGGCAUGUUAUUGUUAGUGUGGCGGCGAGCCGGUGUGAGCUCUCAACGUCGACGUCCAUCCAUCCUCCACCACCACCACACCAUCCCAAAGGGCAACAAGGACAUGGCUUGAGCUGGAGGCCUUAUGAGAGAGCCUCGUUGCACGAUUUGCAAUACUGUUUGUCCCGUAGAGAAACGAACGUGACGGCCUUGCUGGCGCUGAGCAUCAAGUCAUACCCGCAGAUCACCGCAUCGUAUUCCUCAGGGACCUUACCAGAUGGACCCCGAGACCGAAGUGUGAAGAGGCGAGAGAAAGCUCUGGAGGGAUGGGAUCUAUCCAUCCCGGUAGCAUAUCAUGGCAAGACAGGCAAACUUGAACUUGGGCUCGAAGCUAGGCCGUUCAAUUUGCGAGAAAACGGGACCCUGCCCUGCGGCCACUACAAAGAUGAGAUCAACUAUAAUCGGUCUGCUGCCGUGAGUCGAGAGUGGACUGCCCCCUAA